CCCACAGGAGGAAGGACCUUCAGCGCUGCGCACUCUGCGCACUGAGUCGCCAAGAACGGAGACGACUGAUGAGAAGAAACGGAUGAAACUACUUUCUGAUGGACCAAAUGGUUUAAUUUGGAAACGGCUUCAAUAAAGUCUGUUUCUUAAUUCAGAUCAUUUGCUGAUGACUCACAACCCGUCUUGCAACAAGCUACUUCUUGCACCCGGUUGCCCUCAAGAAGAUCUCUAUUUUUUUUUUUUUGCAGACAUUGAGCAUUUCCUGAAAGACUAAAGUGAUGUGAGGAUCUAUGGAAGCUGACAGCGUGGCUGGAUAAAUGGAUGAGCUCUGAAGCUGAAGGAAAACGUUGAUAAAAAAAAAAAUCACUAUCUGCUUUUCAAAGACUGAGUGGAUCAGGACUUGGAACAUCAGCAGAGAGGCGAUGGACCUUCUGAUCGGGUCUGGACCCAUGUGUCUGCUCACCCUGCAGCUGGGAUGCACCGUGCGUCAGAGCCGCAACAUUUCACAUGUUGAAAUUUCAUCCAAACUGCACCUGACGCGUCUCCGUCUAUUUUAACUGAAAAGGACUGACUAUGUCUCCGGUGCAGAACAGGAAGCUGACUCUAAACUGGGUCCUGACCUUUGUUUUGCUGCUGGCUGCUCCCGGCUCCCUCGCCUCCCCGCAGAGCGCCUAUUGGAGUUCUGUGUGGGGUCCUUCCAGUGACACUAUAUCAGGACAUCCAGGACGUGUACGACGGCAGCUGCAUUAUAGAAAUGAGUGGGCAGCAUGGAGCAGCUGGUCUGUUUGCUCUCGCAGCUGCGGGGGUGGAGCUUCUGUACGGACUCGCACCUGCAUCACCAGAAACCCAGUUGGUGGACCAUGUGCUGGAGAUCCAAGACAGUACAAGAUCUGCAAUACCAAGGACUGUCCCCCUGGAUCGGAGGAUUUUAGAGAGAUGCAGUGUGCUGCCUUCAAUGAUAGACCAUUGGUGUCAGGAACCUCCUUCAAAUGGACCACAUUUCAUGGAGGUUCCAGCCCCUGUGAACUCAGCUGCCUGGCUGUGGGACACAAUUUCUACUACAACUUUGGUCACGUGCUUGACGGUACGACCUGCAACAAGGAGUCUGGAGCAGUGUGUGUCAACGGACGCUGUCUGAAGCCUGGCUGCGACUCAAUCCUGGGUUCAAAGCAGCAGGAGGAUGCCUGCAUGGUGUGUGGAGGACACAACACCACCUGCCUACACCACAAGAGUGUGUACCAGAGCAGCAGGCUGGAGGCAGGGGGGCCUUUUGGAUACAAUGAAGUGACCAUGAUUCCAGCCGGAGCGACUCAUAUCCGCGUCACCGAUAACAGCAGGAAUUAUCUAGCGCUGCAGAAUGGCAGAGCCCAGUUUGUGAUCAAUGGAAACUGGAAGAUCAGUGUUCCUGGUGAGUACAGCAUAGCUGGGACCAAGCUGCUGUACCGGCGCUCUGCAGACACCUGGGAGAGCUUUGAGGUUCCAGGACCAACCCAAGAAGACCUCCAUCUAAUGGUUUUGUCGACAGACAAAAACUCGGGAAUCGAGUACGAGUACUGGCUUCCACCUGACCAGUAUGCCCUCUACCAUGGGAGGAGGAGCCCUGUGCGGCAGGCUCACCAAACAGCCAGCUACUUCCCCAGAAUCCAACCAACCACAUCAACCACAACCUCUACCACUACUACCAAGGCACCUCCAAACACCACCCGGAGACCCCACUGGUUUCUGAAUUAUUUGAAGCCUUCCCAUCAGCCUUUUCCCAAUAACCACCAGCAUCAUCCUCGUCAGCCCAUCACUCGUCUGGAGCGGGAGGAAAACCACAGAAACCUCCUUCCUCAGGCCCCACCUAGAAAGCAUUGUGGAAAAUGUCGGAGAGUGAAAGGAAGAGGGGAACGCCAGAGACAGUACUGCCAAAAGGACUUUGUGUUUCGUGGCAGAGUUCUUGGGAAGCUCUACAGAGGUGAGGAGACUCGGUAUGAUGUCCAGAUCAUCCACACCUAUCGGAACCGCUUCCGCCUGGAGCACAGAGAGUUUCUGUGGGUCCCGAACCUGUGUGACUGCCCUGACCUACAGGUGGGGAAGCAGUAUGUCCUGAUGGUGCGUCGACACAUUAACCAUGAGCACACGCUGAACCGCAUCCUGCUGGAGGAGGAGAGCUACGUGGUGCCGUACAAACCCAGAGAGGACAAGCUGCUGCGACCGUUGGAGAGGCUCUGCAGCAACAGAGGGCCAAAACUUUCUACAGAAAUAGUGUAGUUUGUGAGCAUAAAGCUCAGAAAUAUGUUUUUUUAAAUGUGGACUUUAAAAUUUAUGGCCCAAUGAGCGGAAUGUGGCAUCACUGGAGGACCUUUUUAGGUUUCAUCUUUGUUUGAAACAUGCCACAGUAUGAAUACAAAUAACACAUUUUAUGGUUAUUUAAAAGCUUGGCCAGUUUACCAUUUAAAGCACUUUAGGUGUGUACAAUGCCCACCUUAAACAAAUGCCAAAGAGAAGGACAGUAAAUGAAAAGUCUUUUCUUCAUAAAUGUUAUUCCACAGAAACUCUUAGUUUAUUCCUCUGUAAUGAAUUUUACCAGACUUUCUUCCAAGGACUCAUUGCAGAUGUUUAUGGGGUGAUUUCUUUUUUCUGUUGCAACUUUUUUGUGGCACUGUUUUGUGGAACUUACAGCAGUGAAUUAAAUUCAGCUUUACAUAGCAACAAAGUACACAGGACAAUUCCUCAUUUUGAAAGAUGGCUGCAGUUCUGCAUCUGUUCCAAGCCAAACAGCAGUAAGGUUUAUGAACCACUCUAUGCACAAACCACUGUGACAUUCGUAAAGCUGGAGGUAUUUUAGCAUGUCAGAAAUGCACCUCAGUCUUGGCCCCACGCUGUUAGCUGUUAGCGAGCAAACUGACAUAAGAGAAACAAAUGACCCCACUGGUGCUGUUGGGCUUCUAAUGAUAUUUUUGUGGAAUUGCUAUAAAGAUUAAAGCUGCAGUUACUUUAAGAAGAGAAAAAUUGUGCAAAAAUAAAAAUUUUUUUGAGGAUUACAGAAACAAAGUAAUCAAAAAAAUAUGUAUUAAAAAAAACUCCAUUUGUGGUCAUACAUUUUUCUUUUCAAAGUACCUGAAUGUUUAUUCUUUAUAGGUUAAAAAUGAUAUAUACAGGCACAGUUAUAUAUUUUACUGAUUGGUGCCAAAAGAUGUAAAAUGCCACCUGAUGGGGCAAAUACUCCUGGUUAAUUAUCAAGAUUAAAUACAGCCAAUAUAUGCUCUUUGCGACAUAAAAAGUAU